AAUGAUGAUGGGGAAAUUUAAAAGAGAGAGGAUCCCAUAAUUCCUUUGCCUGAUGAUAUUUCAUCACGGAACUGGAAGAAAGUUAAGGUAUUACCAAUUUUUUUUGUUUUAAAUUGAAAAGUACCAAAUAUGGUAAGUUUUACUUCCACUUCGUCGUCGAACAACAUUUUUCACUACAUCAGACUGAGAUGAACCAUUUGAUCGUGUUGUGCCUUUGAGUGAACCAGAGAAAACUGUACGUGUAAAAUCGAUUAGCUCUCUGUGACAGCAGCACUCAGAAUCUGCCUUUUCUGUUACUCUCUUGCCUUUUCAGCUUUCUCGUGACGUCACAAGUCGUCAGCAUUUCCGUAUCAGUCACUUCGGUCAAUCUAGUGUUUCACAUCGCGGGAAAAACCCACUGUUAUAUAAGAACAUUAUUUUUAUUCUAGGCAUAAGUAUACAUACGUUGUGGAAGCGCAGAUAAAUGAACGUGACUCGAAUUGGUGCAUAGAGAACUGAACAGCUGUCGCUUGGUUCAUCAGUACAGUUGAAAGCGCGAUAUCAGUUACAGGCUAGAUGAGUAAUCUACGAGAGAGACUGCUUCCUUCAUGUCAAAACAACGGCGCUCAUUGUUCAAGCCUUUGGCAUGGUCAACAUAUCUCAUUUUCGGGUGAUCCCAGCUUAAUGCCUUUCUCAGCCCAUUCUUCCACUCCAUUACUUGAUGAACCAACGUCUCUUCAGCAACAAACAGAAUAUCUUAGUAGUCUUACCGAAAACGCGACAGGCGGCAAUUUCCAAGUGGAGAGCCUUGAGCAAAGCACCCAGUUAUCCAUGUCUCCAGAUCAAAUGGGCAGGAUCUUAGAGGUGAUAACAAGGGGGCAAGAGUUUCCGGGAAGUUCGACCUUAACAAGCCAGAAUUCCUCGUCUGGUAUGUGGCAUGCAUCUUCGGUGCCUGUCGGAGAUACCUCGGCCGCUGUCGGCAUGACCCCGAAUGAUCCGAGCUUUUUGGUGACACCCUCAAUAAACGGACAGUUUCGUCAAAGCCAGCACACGAUCGUCACUGGCGCUGGCAUCAUAACAUCAUCAAACUUGGUGACUGGCGGAAGUGAUUAUACCCCUUCUUAUGGCGUUACGCAAAGCAUUGGUGACAUUGACGGUUGUCCACAGCAGGGUGUGUCCAUUGACCUGGCUGGGAUCAACCCCUUCGAUGCUGGGACGGAAAUCGAUAUUGAUCGCUAUCAUAUCCCAGAUCUGGAAGUGAAGUUUUGUGACCUGGAAAAUCGCGUCUUUGAGAAGCAGCAGAGUCGGAAAGACAAACAAGCACGGCAGCGAAUCAUUAACGGAAAGGUGAAGUUCCUAGUUCGAUCUGAACGCCAGGUGAAGAGCGUCAAAGCUUGGGUCCAAAGAGAAGAAAACGCAGCCAAGCUAGAAAAGGAUGAAAAUGGCAUGGUGUCGAUUGAAGUUGUUUUCCUGAGGAAGCUUAAGGAUAGCGGAAAUUUAGAGUACCAAGUGGAUCUGGACUCCGUAUACAAGAUGGAUGGAUCAGAAAGACCAGUGUACAAACUGGCAAAAGUUCACACCCAAGAGAGAAACUUGUUUGAACUGUUGGUUCAGAUCGUGUUCACUGAUAACAACGUCAGUGAUCAAAUCAAGUCAAAGCCUUUCUUGAUAAAGACAAAGCGAUUGAGUGAAGAACAAAUAGAACCUGGCAAUUAUUUCAAAGAGAAACGCAAGAGGUCCAACACGUUGCCGACCAGCUCUUUGAGAUGGAACCGUGGCAAACAAGCCGUAAAGUACGCUCCGUUACAAAACGAGGCAGACUCUACAGAGGCAAGGUCGCCAUUAUCGCCGAGUUCCAUGGGCUCCAGAAACUCUCCCUUGAGUUCAGAAGGUGAAACACACCUCGAUGAGCUUGUUGUCAAUCACUUAAAAGCUCAGCAAGCAAACAUUGACUGUCUGACAUUCAGCUGUAUGAUGCAGACACCAAGAGGUGACAUCGCUUAUCACUUGCGACUCACUAACCCUGAUCUGUACCAAACCCUGGACGAGGGAGUGGUGGUGGGUUUUUUUGCCGACGACGAAGGAGUGGCCACCAUUGAACCACUGAGCAAUGAAAAUGUAUCCCAGGCCGUCAUGGCUGGGGUAAUAAGCAGAUCUGCGUAUGUGGAGGCGCAUGCGCCGUCAGAGAGUGACAAAGGACAAACGGACAUCGUUUGUGUUAUUGGAAUGGUGAAAGUACAGAUCGUGGGAUCAGUUCAGACUGGUGAACGCAUCUACGCGUCCACGGACAACCCAGGCACAGGCGUCCCAGAAUCCCAUCUUCCUCUAGGGGCGUUCAUCGUUAGGAACCACACGCUACUUGGCAUGGCUAUGGAAACAUGCCGGUCUCGUUACCAUGACGAGGUCAACUUGGUGAAGAGUUUCGUGUGCAUCGUGUUGGGGAUCAACAGUCGUCAACUAUCCAACGAAGUGGAAAACAUCAUGGAAAACAUUGACAUGGACAUCAAGGUAGCCAUAGGCAAGUCUAACAAGAGAACCUGCCGGCGAAUGUUCUUUCUCAUCACUGGACUUAUUAUUUUUCUUGGACUCCUGGGAUUCCUUUUGUACGAAGUGCUCACGCCAGGAACGCGCUGGCGAUAUUUCUUGUGCCACACUGGGUCCAGCAGUGAACAACCCAAAAUGACGUGUAAUUAUUCUUCAAGCUACGAGGACAUAAACGUCCGUUUUAUACCUUUCCACUUCAAGAAUCUUUUGAGUAAGAUACCAGCAGGAGAAAGAAAACCAAUGACAUUUGAAAACGCAGGUAUGACAGAUUCACCGAUCUACUUUCUGAACUUCGACCGCUGUGCGUACGGCGGGCGCACAGACAGCAGCAUGUAUUCACCGGAGGACGCUAAGCCAGUCAGAGGUCCCACGUACCUGGCAUCAUAUGGAAACUGUUCAAAAGUAUUUUCUUUUUUGUGGCACAGUUGGAAGCCGUUUAAUGACAGUAAAACUCCAUAUCAAAUGCCCUGCUCAUGCAGUGGCGUUGGAACUUUAGUUUGUAAGUGGAUUAUGCUUGUGAUGUCCUUCAGUGCUUACUGUUUCCUUGCAUAUCAUUGAGUUGUCAGUAGUAAAUCAACCGCACAGCUUAAACAUCAGUGGUAAUGGAAUCAAACUCUCGACCAAUAACUCUAACGAGUAGUAUAAGUUACCGACAUAGUGUAAGUUACCGAAAAAGUCUGUUUAGUACAGUAUAAGAGGAACUUAUUUACUUAGUAGUCCUUUAUCUUGCGUUUACGAAGUUUAGUCAUACUUAACAAUUAGACCCGUAGCCCGCAAGGGCUACGGGUCAAUAGCCCAUGAGGCGAAGUCGAA